AUGAUCCGCUCUUGUUUAGCUCAGCCGCCACCUGGGACUACCCUGGGUGGAUUACAACCCGAGGCUGAAGAGUCCAACUGUGCUUCGCGUGCCGGUUCAGAUUCAUGUAAACCGCCCGACCUGCGGAGGGUAGCGUCAGCUGCUGGUCGUCUAUCGGCAGCGGAGCUGUCGAGGAUAAGUAGAGCUUAUGAGGAUGCUGAUAGCGAAACUAAAGACGUCAAUGCCGGGGAGUAUCUCUUCCUUGGCAACUUCACAAUGCAGUUUUGGAAUGCAUUCAACAAUUGGAAUUUCCGUUAUUGGGUUUACCUCCUUUUCGUUGGUUUCAUCGUCCACACUGUUGAACAUCUUUCGACUUACUUCCUCACUAAAGCCGCAAUACAGCAAGAUGAGGAAUCGGCGCUCAUGUUGGCAUCCCCGUUCGAUACCUGGGUGGGGUAUUUCUACUUCAUAUUUGGCCCAGUAUUCGGUCUGUGUCUGGUGGGCAGUAGUAACCUCUUGAGGGCUCAGUCGGAUCUGUUCUCAUCGAUGAUGGAUAGACUGCAGUUCAAAGGAGAGAAGGAUGGCUCCUAUGACCUCGGCAUUCACGUAUGA